UUUCACAAGGGCGCGCCCGUUCAAUACAAACCGCUCCUCUAACGAACUUUUGGCGCCGUUGGCAAAGGGACGCACGGCCGUACGCGAAAACAAAAAAGCCAUUGACCGAAAACAGACCCCAUUUUGUGGCGUGAAACGGGGCGACGCUGGAAUGUAAAUAGUGACGCGGGCUUUUUUUUUGACUAACAACAUCAUGUCCAAACGAACACUGCCGCUGUGGCUGCGGGCCGGCAAGAGCGAUGCAGAUCUCAAGAAGAAUGUACAGUGCGCCGUCGUGGCAGAGCCGUUAAAUGAAAACAACAAACCAGCGGUACCAGCGCCGGAAGAGGAACCACCGAAGCGACGCCUGCGAAGCAACUACCAGGUGGAGGAAAGCAAGCAGCCCGACCUGCGGGUAGAAUAUCUCCCGUUCGUCAGCUAUACCGGGGCGAUCGAGUACUACACCACCUUCCAGGACGUCGCGUUCAGCUGCGACCAGAUGACGCAGUGGGUGGAGCAGCAGCAGCAGGACGGCCGGCCGAUCCCGAUCGCGUUCGAUCUCGAGUGGCCGUUCAGCUUCCAGACCGGCCCGGGCCGGACGGCACUGAUGCAGCUGUGCGCCGCCCCCGACCGGUGCCUGCUGCUGCAGCUCUCCUGCCUGCAGAAGCUGCCCGCCGCCCUGCUGCAGCUGCUCUACCAUCCGCGCGUCCUGCUGCACGGCGUCAACGUGAAGAACGACUUCCGCAAGCUGGCCCGCGACUUCCCGGCGGUGAGCGCGGACCGGCUGAUCGAGCGGUGCGUCGAGCUCGGCCAGUGGUACAACCGGCUGCACGGCACGACCGGCAUCUGGAGCCUGGCCCGGCUGGUCGAGCAGGUGCUGCGGCAGCGCGUCAGCAAGGACAAGCGGGUCCGGAUGAGCAAAUGGAACGUGCUGCCGCUGUCCGACGACCAGAAGCUGUACGCGGCGAUCGAUGUUUAUGUUGGCCAGUUGCUGUACAUUAAGCUGGCGGAGAGGCAGCGCCAGCAGGAGGAUGCUGAAAACAGUGCGCCGGAAGUAAGCCCUGAGAUCGAGCGGAAGAAGUAUUAACGUCCACGGCCACACCGACUGCCCGGAACUGCCGAGAGAGAGAGAGAGAGACAGACAGACAGACACAGAAAUCUCAUCC